AUGAAGAGCAAGCCACUAUUUGAAGGGAUAUAUGAAUCUUUGCCCCUCGAGAUCAUUGUUAGCUCACUUCACAUGGACGAAAGGGAAGCAGAGGCUAACCUAGAGACCAAAGGGAAUACCAAAGGAUUUUCGCUAAGUUUUCUCUUGGAAAGAGCUCAUACCCUACUAAAAGCAGAAAAUUGGGACGCUUGUUACUCUGCUAUUGUGCUGGCCAUCUAUGGCAUCAUCCUGUUCCCAAAUAUGGAUGGCUUCAUAGACAUGGCUGCUAUUUGCGUUUUCCUUACUGGAAACCCAAUAACCACCUUGUUAGCUGAUGUUUACUAUUACAUAAGCCAUAUGUACACCAAGAAGAAAGGGAUGAUUGCUUGUUGUGCUCCUUUACUAUAUCAGUGGUUUCUUGAGCAUCUCCCGAAGACAGGUCUUUGGAUAGAACAGACAGAUGUUAGUUGGCCUCAGAGAUUGGGAUCACUCCGAUCCGAAGAUCUUUCUUGGUAUUCCAAAGAAUACAUCAACAUGGACAUCAUAUUAAGCUGUGGAGAUUUCCCUAAUCUACCACUAAUUGGAAUUCAAGGAUGUGUGAAUUAUAACCCGGUUCUAUCACUAAGACAACUUGGGUACCCAAUGGAAGGCCCUCCAGAGGCAAGGUCUUUGAAAGAUUUCUUGUUGCUUGACUUUGGGGUUGAGAAUCCUAGCUUGUUCCAACGAAUCAGAGAGGCUUGGAAGAAUGUCAAUCCAAAGGGGAGAGCUGAUUUGGGGAGAGCUAAUGGGAUUACAAAAGAACCAUAUUUUCAUUGGGUAAAGGAAAGGGUGGAGAUGAUCAAAAUGCCAUUCGUCACUCGGACACCUGUACCUCUUCCUAAACCUAAGCUCACCCAUAUCCCUAUUGAAGAAGUGGAUGAACUCAAGACCACCAUGGAAAAGUUGGAAAUAUAG